AUGCGGGUGCCGUCCUGCCCCACCCACACCCCGCUCUCUGCAUGCACAGUCCGACGAUUACUCGCAUCAUUCCUCUCGCACCCAGCCAUUGACUUCACAGUGGCAGCAGCCACCGUGCCAGCGCACGCCGUCAUUGCAGCCGACGCCUUCCACCCCUCGCGUGCGCCGCACCUGCCCUUUGCUUCUCUCGUGCGUGGGCUGGACUGCUCGCCCUUUGAGGGCAUGCCCGGCGGGUGGGAGGCGCGGCUGGGCGCGGAGUGGAGUUUGAGGCGCAAGGGGAAGAGCGAGCACGAGCUGACUCUUGCGGAGGCUGUUCGCUGCACUCAGUUCCUGACGGCAGAGCUGCUGCUGCUAACUGAGGCGCCCAGUCUGCUCUACUCCUUCCCCUCGCCCGCACUCAACCUCAUCAUGGCGCGUGCUGUGGCCCGCACACCUUCUUUCCACCUCAUGGUCCCCUCGCUUUGUGGCGCGCCGUGCCCACCGCCACUGCUCCAGCAGAAGUUUGCCGAGCACAUGAUCGUCGAUGAGGAGCUGAAGGUGGCGUACUGUGCGUUACCCAAGGUGGCCAACACGAGCUGGAAGCUCUGGUUCCGCCUCUUCCGCGUCAACGGCAACGCCACUGCUGCCUUCGGCGUCCCCGACGACACCAACGCCACCGCUUCUGCUGCUGCUGGAGCUGCUGGGGCAGCAGAGAGCGGCGGAGCAGCAGCAGCAGCAGGGGGAGGAGGAGGAGGAGGAGGAGGAGGAGGAGGAGGAGGAGGAGGAGGAGGAGGAGGAGGAGGAGGAGGAGGAGGAGGAGGAGGAGGAGAGGGGGGGUUGAAGCUGAGUGCGCGGGAGUUUAAAGCGAUACACGUGUCGGAGGGCAACGGCAUCACGGAGCUGAGUGAGCUGGGCGAGCGCGAGGCGGUGCGGUUCCUGUCGCGCCGUGACGUGCUGCGGUUCACGUUCGUGCGCAACCCGUACACGCGCGUGGCGUCCGCCUUCCUCGACAAGGUCGUAAAGGCCCGCGACUUUCUCAACAACGGCAGCGCUCGGCUGUACUGGGCUCAGGCGCUGUUCAAGCGGGCACCGCAGUACAGCAGCAUGAUGGCACGGCAUCCAGACGGCAACUUCUCCUUCCCUGAGUUCGUGCAGCUCACAGAGGGAGCUCUGCAGCACCCGCCCACCGACAACCACAUCGACACACAGGUGGAGCUGUGUGCACUGGACUCAAUCAAGUACGACUUUGUGGGGCGAUUCGAGAGCAUGAUGGACGGCGUGCAGUGGGUCAUGCAGCGCCUGGGCACGGAGCCGUAUGGCGUGUUUGACAGCGGGCACACACUGCAGGCCACUGAUGCUGACAAGAGAAUCGCCCGGCUCUAUGACAAGUCUACUGGGGCUCGGUCCCUGUCGUUACGGGCUAUGGGGACCAGCGUGGCAGCUGUGAUAAGUUAUUACAGGAACCACUGGAACGACGAGAGAGAACCGGAGCUCAGUGAUAUGCCAUAUGCCCUAAUAUUCGCCUUCGCACUUCCUGUUGCUCGAUAUAUUCUGGACAAGUCCGUUUUCGAGAUCUUGGGGAAAAAGUUCGUCCGUAGACUGGCUUGUGCAUCUGAUCCAUCAUAUAUGUUGCGUAACCAUGUCGAUUGUCUGCUAUCACUUCAGAGUAUUCCGAAUGGCUCCUGCAAUGGAGAAGACGAGGAUGACUAG